UCAUUACAGCACAAUACAUGAUGUUCAGACUCUUGCCAUGCUAUGCAGCGUGUUUGAGGCCCAGUCCAGGCCUCAGGACUAUGGUAGCAUUGGACAGCAGGUCCACCAACGCACAUCUCCUUUUCUGCACUCUUCAGGUUAUGCCUCUUCAGGAUCCUACUCAAGCACAUCUGAAACUACCGUCUGGUCUGCUGGAUGGAACAUAGUGGGCAGGGAACCAGAACAUCUUAAUUCUUGGUGUUACGAAUCACCAGAUGACUAUCGGUAUGGAAAUCACCUUUAUGCUGAUCCUAAAGAACGUGAGAAGGAGCAACAUGAAAAGAAUAAAAAGCUACUUGAUCCAGCCAAUAUGCUGCAAUAUGAUGACUUUAAGAAGUGUUAUGGGGAGAUCCUUUAUCGCUGGGGUCUGCGAGAGAAGCGAGCAGAGGUGUUGAAGUUUGUUUCCUGCCCUCCAGACCCUCACAAGGGGAUUGAAUUUGGUGUGUACUGCUGUCACUGCCGCAGUGAAGUACGAGGGACGCAGUGUGCUAUUUGCAAAGGAUUCACCUUCCAGUGUGCUAUCUGCCAUGUUGCUGUUCGCGGAUCUGCCAACUUCUGUCUUACCUGUGGACAUGGUGGCCACACGAGUCACAUGAUGGAGUGGUUUAGGACUCAGGAAGUGUGUCCCACAGGCUGUGGCUGCCAUUGCCUGCUAGAGAGCACAUUUUAAAAGCAGACUGCUCCUGCUUGUGAUAAGAUGCCUUGAAUAGUGCUCCAGGAUAUUCUGUCUGUCUGCUCUUAACUGAAAUUGUGACUGUCUGUUGAUCAGAGAUGUGAAAACUUUAAUCAAUGAAUGAACCUUAAGACUGGAAUUUUAUUCUUUUGAGGCACCCAAGAUAAAUCUUCAGACUUUCACAAUAUCUGGACUCUGCUUCAAGGAGUGGAGGGAGCAUGAUUUGCACAUAUUCUCCAAUACAGCAGCAAUGAAUUUCCAAGUUGAAAUGCAAGACUUAUUCUAAGAGCGUAUCUUAAAAUAGACUGAAAUGGGAAUUUGUUUACUUGUUAACAGUUAUCACCAUCCAGCUGAUGAUGGUCAUCGCUGUCCAGCUGUUGAUGGUGAUCCUACAUACUUGUCCUGUAUGAGUGAAUAUACUUCAGACUUGAAGUGACGACAAUCCAUAAAGCCGUGAUUGGUAAGUCAGGCCUUUUGAGUGGAAGUAUUAAGCUCCCUCAAUGGUUUGUGCAGUUAUUUCUCGUUUCACAGUUUGCUGCUAAUUUGUUUUCACACUGCAAGUGCAGUAUUUGCCUUGACUUGCUCAAAUUGAAGAGUCAAUAAUUUAAUUCUAAAAGGUACUGGUGCAUUAUGGAUUUACUGCCACCUUCACUCUUGGAAGUGGAAUUAAAUGUCACCUCAGCCUAACUGCUGUAUCUACUCGAUCAAAGUAUCAGACUCGAAAUGUAUGUGACCAGUCUAGAAUGCUAGUACAAUAGUGGAUUAUCUCUGAAACCUGGGGUUGAGGCUCAUUACUGGAUAAAUACAUAGAGGUUAACUGUGUUUCUGACUGUAGUACUUAACCUGGGACUGCUUGAUAAUGACGCUUUGCUCAAAAUGGAAAAUACUCCAUUUCUUAUUCCUAAAGUCCUACAUCUUGAGCACAAAAUAAUAAAGUUGAUUGGGCAGUUCUUUAAUGGAUUGACCACAUCAAAUGCUA